AUGGGUCAAGGAGCAUCAACCUACGGGAAGGAUAAGAAGAAGAAGGACAAGCAGAAGCCCAAAUAUGAGCCACCAGUGCAAUCGAAAAUAGGGCGUAAGAAGAGAAGAGGACCAGCGACGGCUGAAAAGCUGCCCAGCAUAUAUCCUAACACGCGGUGUCGACUCAAGUUGUUGAGAAUGGAAAGAAUUAAGGACCAUUUGCUGCUGGAGGAGGAAUUUGUUGCCAACUCAGAGAUCUUGAAACCCUUUGAGAAGAAGCAAGAAGAAGAGAAGAAACAACUGGAAGAGAUUCGUGGGUCCCCGCUUUCGGUAGGUACGCUGGAAGAGAUUAUCGAUGAUGACCAUGCGAUCGUCACGAGCUCCACGACGCCCGAUUUUUACGUUUCCAUUUUGUCAUUUGUCGACAAAGAGUUACUAGAACCUGGUUGUUCGGUACUGCUGCAUCACAAGACUAUGUCAAUUGUCGGUGUGCUCCAAGACGACACUGAUCCAAUGGUUUCGGUGAUGAAGAUCGAUAAGUCUCCCACAGAGAACUACAGCGAUAUAGGUGGUCUGGAGUCUCAGAUUCAAGAGAUAAAGGAGGCCGUAGAACUACCACUCACACACCCAGAGUUGUACGAGGAAAUGGGUAUCAAGCCUCCUAAAGGAGUCAUCCUGUACGGAGCGCCUGGUACCGGUAAAACUCUGUUAGCCAAGGCAGUGGCCAACCAAACUUCUGCCACAUUUUUGAGAAUCGUGGGUUCAGAGUUGAUUCAAAAAUACCUAGGUGAUGGGCCACGUUUGUGUCGACAAAUUUUCAAAGCCGCGGCUGAAAGCGCUCCAAGUAUCGUUUUCAUAGACGAAAUCGAUGCCAUCGGUACAAAACGUUACGACUCAAACAGCGGCGGCGAGAGGGAAAUUCAGAGAACAAUGUUAGAGCUAUUGAACCAACUCGACGGUUUUGAUGAUCGAGGUGACGUCAAAGUUAUAAUGGCUACCAAUAAAAUUGAAAGUUUGGAUCCGGCAUUGAUCAGGCCUGGUAGAAUCGACCGCAAGAUUCUAUUCGAAAACCCAGAUAUCGCCACGAAACGCAAAAUUCUGUCAAUCCACACUAGCAAGAUGAAUCUCGCUCCUGAUGUUGGUCUCGACAAUCUGGUUACUUCCAAGGACGACUUGUCCGGCGCUGACAUAAAGGCCAUGUGCACUGAAGCAGGGCUCCUGGCUCUUCGGGAGAGGCGAAUGCAGGUAACUGCAGAAGACUUCAAGCAAGCUAAAGAACGGGUCCUGAAGAAUAAGGUCGAGGAAAACCUGGAAGGUCUAUACUUGUAA